UUUUUUGGUUGUAUUGUGAAGAAGCAGAAAUGUGCGACAACAACAUCUCACAUUUAGCGACUAAAAUUACUCCCACAGAGCGCGCAAGACAGUUUCCAGAUGUUCUGCACGAGAGCGGCGGUAAACUGCUCUGCACCGCGUGCAACGUCGUGGUUGAACACAAACGGAAGUCAUCGAUUGAUAAACACUUUUCUACCGCAAAACACGCAAAAUACGCUCGGAAAGCUGCUGAAAGUUGCGGACAACACACAAGACAACUCGCCACCACAGAGGCUGGUGCACAAGGAUCUGCUGCAAGUGCUGGAAAAAUCAAGGAAAACCCUGCAGUGAGAUUCUUGACGGGAAAAAGGGGAGAAAAUCUGAAACCUCGCAUCAGCAAUGCAAAGCGGUUUCCCUGCACAGCUCCAGCUGAGAAUAUUGACCAGUACCCUGAAUUGAUGGACUUUUUGCCAAAGGAGUAUCAGUAUCAUGUAUGCAGUUACAAAGAAGUCAACGUGAACGGUGACCACACGGACUUUGAAGCCACCCUGCGGAUGUCUCUCACGUCAAAGGAGGAGAUACUGGUGUGGCUGAAGUUAAUGCCAGUUACAUGGAGAGUGGACUACACAAGGCCUACCAAAGGGUCAAAGGUCAUCUUCAGGACAGAAUACCGGUGCCAGCACAACACCAGGUCCAAGGCAACACGAAAGAAUGACGGGACGUCCAAAAAUACAGAUUGCCCUGCGAAACUCAAAGUUGGCAUUGCACGCACUGAAGUCUCUCACAGACGGCCGAGCAGAAGUACCGAUCCUCACAUCCCAAACUACCCCACACUUGUGGAAAUCAUUAAUGUUCACAACCACAACAUUCAUGCCCUGGAUGCUCUGCGUCACCGCGAUGUGGGCAGGAAGGCUGUGGAGCAGCUCACAGAGCUGUUUACGGCCGGGCACUCGCCUUCCUCGGCACUAAAUGUUCUUAAGUCUGAUCUGCAAGUUCAGUUUGGGAAGGAUUACAUCAACGCUUUGGCAGACCGCUCCAUCUGUCCUGACCUGCAGUUCUGCUACAGACUUUACUAUAAGAUGUUUCGUAAGGAGUAUGGCAGUGCAGGGGAUGAUGACCGCAUCCACGAGGGCCUCCUGAAGCCACUUCAGGAUCACGAGUGUUCGACUAAAGUAUCUAGCGGGUCACAUCUUACUACAGACCUAAGCAAUUGUGGUCCAGAAACGUCUGCAGAAGCCGUUGAGGAGCUUGAGACUGAUGAAACACCAGAAGCCAGAGUGAGUGCACAGGAGUGGGACUCCAUGAGUCAGGAAUUUGCAGCGAUGGUGCAGAGCAGUGAAGAAUUUCAGGUGGCAGGAUCAGCCUUCUUAAAGGCCUUCAACAGGCUGAAGGGAAAUCCCUCCGUGAUGCGGUCCGCAAUGCACAUGUUUGGCCGCUAUAAUACGGGCAACCUGGUUUGGAAACAGUCACGAGAUCUAAGGCGUAACCGUAACUCUGUUGCCAGCUGGAAGUUUUGGAGAAGGCGUCGAUUUGUUGCUGGGAGUCAAAAAAAAAACGUAGCAACCGUGGACCAUCACUACAGCAACCCAAAAGGGAAGUCUAGGAGCUUGUUGAGCUGCAGACGUGUGACGCAGCAAUCCAAAACAAUGGACGCUCCAUCAUCGUAUCCCACACCUUCCUCCCCUCUCCUUAAAGGCUGGACGCACGACCACUGCGCCUCUUACCAAGCCGUCUCUCCGUAGAGGCUGGAUGCCCAAUGUGUCUGUGGUCAUUGUUUUUACACCAUAAAACAUCUGUAAUUUGUCAUACCUCCACUCUUUUUUUGUUCUCACUAUAGGUGUGAGCACCAUGGCUGUUUCAUUACCUGUACUGUGGUGGGUUCAAAGAAUAAUGUGACUAUUACCUGUAUAUUUGUCACAGGGUGACACUGUCAUACUAUUGGUGCACAGUGCUGUCUGGUUGUCUUGCUUUAUCUAUGUUGUAUAUUUAAUCGUACAAAUUAAGAAAAUGUUAUUGUUCACAAAUGUGAAAAUCAGCCUCAUACUCCAGAUUGAAGGUGUGCAGCAAAACAACUGCACUUUCUUACUAU